GUCGUGGGCCGGUGUGAGUGUGGGCGCUGACACCGCUUUCCUGGGCACGCUGGUGGGAGGGCCGAGGCUGGCAGUGCGGAGUGCGGCAGGGCCCAUGUAACGGGCUGCCAGGCGACGUGUCUGCAGGAGUGCCGGUGUCCGGAGCCAUGGCGCCCAUGGGGAUCCGCCUGUCCCCUCUGGGGAUCGGGGUGUUCUGCUUGCUGGGACUGGGGGUGCUCUACCACGUCUACUCGGGCUUCCUGACCAGCCGCAUCUCCGCCUACCUGCUGGGGGACCGGCAGGAGCCUGCGGCCGCGGACACCAUGGUGGAGCUGCGGGAGCUGCUGGCUGUGGCUGUGAGGGCGGCCGAGCUGGGAGGGGAGGAGGUGACCAGAGUCCGAAAAAGUAAUCUCCUCAAUGAGAAACAGAAAGGGAAGACCAAGGAGGGGGCAGACGAUAAGAUGACCAGGGGUGACACGCUGUCCAACAAGAAGAUGUAUCAUCUCAUUAAAAAUGCCUUCCCUGGGGUCCAGGUGAACACCGAAGAGGCGAUUGAAGCUGAUGAUGAGGAUUCUGUUUCGUGGAAUCAUGAUAUUCCUGCAGAAAUAAAGGAGAUCAUCCGAAAUCCAAGCCCAGUAUCCACUGAUAGCAUUACUAUUUGGAUAGAUCCUCUGGAUGCAACAUAUGAAUAUACAGAGAAUCUUGUUCAUUAUGUCACUACAAUGGUGUGCGUUGCUGUAAAUGGGAAGCCAGUUAUCGGUGUAAUACACAAACCGUUCACAGGCUAUACUGCUUGGGCGAUGGUAAAUGGUGGCUCAAACAUACUAAGACGUAGGUCGUAUAACCUGCAAACUCCAACCAUCAUUGUGUCCCGUUCUCAUUCUGGGGUGGUGAAAGAAGUAACCCGUGAAACAUUUGGUAACAAGACCGAAAUAAUUUCUGCCGGAGGAUCAGGUUAUAAAGUUCUUUCAUUGCUUGAUGUGAGAGAAGAGAAACAAGAACACGCUGAUGUUUACAUUCAUGUAACUUUCAUCAAGAAAUGGGACAUUUGUGCCGGUAAUGCAAUAUUGAAUGCUCUUGGUGGUCACAUGACUACACUUAAAGGUGAAGAAAUUAUUUAUACAGGAUCGGAUGGGAAUGAAGGUGGAAUCCUAGCCAGCAUUGGAAUGGACCAUGAUGCACUUGUUCAAAAAUUAGCUGAUAAAAUUCCAUCCAGUGGAAAGAAAUCCCCACAGUAACAAGUACAAAAAUAUACUGACUAUGGUCGGUGCAUAUGAAGACUGAGGCCAGUGCAUGUUAAUGCAGUUUGGUAUGUGUACUUUUGGACACAUUAAAGAUGAUUUUUUUUUUUUUUUCUACUGUAUUAUUCAAGAAAUAGCACCCUAUUUGCAACAUGUCUCCCUGAUUUGAAACGCUAAACGUGGUCAGUAUUGGAUUUAUAAAAUGUAUGUGAGUGAAAUCAAAUUGUAAAUCUACAAAGAGGAGUACAUUUUAAAAGGUGUGUGUGUGUGUGUGUGUAUAUAUAUAUAAAAAGAAUUUUAAAAAGAAUUUACUUAGUUUUAAGUAAAUAAGUGUUUCAAGAUAUUUUUCCACUUCCGCCUUCCCAUUAACUCAAUGAAAAUGAAAAUAAAA